CACCUGGCAGACCAAUAGAAAAGCGAAGCAAUGUUUCGGUGCUGCACUCAGUGUGCGUGGAAAGGGCGCUAGGAUGAGGCCGUUGGCAUUGCGCUGAGUGACUUUUUCUGUGCAGCCGCCGCCGCCGCUAGUGUUGCUGCCGCUUCUUUCAGUGUGUGUAUCUGCGGCUCCUGCUGUCCCCCCCGCCGGCCAUCCCAUGGUGUUCAGGUCCCCUCUAGAGCUUUAUCCCGCCCACUUCUUCCUGCCCAACUUCCCCGAGCGCUCCGUGCUCCUGGCCGGCUCCAGCGGCGGGGGCCCCCGAGCCCAGGAAGAGCUGUCAAUGUUCCAGCUGCCGAGCCUGAACUUUUCCCCGGAGCAAGUGGCCAGUGUGUGUGAGACGCUGGAGGAGACGGGGGACAUCGAGCGGCUGGGGCGCUUCUUGUGGUCUCUGCCCGUGGCCCCGGGGGCGUGUGAGGCCAUCAAUAAACAUGAGUCGAUCCUGCGCGCCCGGGCCGUCGUCGCCUUCCACACGGGCAACUUCAGGGACCUCUACCACAUCCUGGAGAAUCACAAGUUCACCAAAGACUCGCACGGCAAACUGCAGGCCAUGUGGCUGGAGGCGCAUUACCAGGAGGCGGAGAAGCUGCGGGGGCGACCCCUCGGGCCGGUGGAUAAAUACCGGGUGAGGAAGAAGUUCCCCCUGCCCCGCACCAUCUGGGACGGAGAGCAGAAGACUCACUGCUUCAAGGAGCGGACUCGCAGCCUCCUGAGGGAAUGGUACCUGCAGGAUCCCUACCCCAACCCCAGCAAGAAGCGAGAACUGGCCCAGGCCACCGGACUCACCCCCACACAGGUGGGAAACUGGUUCAAAAACCGCAGGCAGAGGGACAGAGCGGCCGCCGCUAAGAACAGGCUUCAGCACCAGUCUAUCGGACAGAGUGGCAUGAGGUCGUUGGCAGAUCCCGGCUGCCCCACACACAGUUCGGCCGAGUCUCCUUCGACGGCAGCGGCCAGUCCGACCACCAGCGUGUCCAGCCUGGCAGACCGAGCAGAAACUGGCACCUCCAUCCUAUCUGUCACCUCCAGCGACUCGGAAUGUGACGUAUGAUAGGCACAGACUGAAACCCAGGCAGAUCAGGGCACCUAUGGACCUCACUACACAUGGACUCUCUAAAAAGAAAGACUUGAGGACCCUAAAAGGUGACACUUGUAUGACCCCCCAAAAAAGACAAAGCGCACCCCUCUAUUUGAGCCAUUGGACGCACGGCCAUUGCAUGAUUCCUUUGUAUCUGGGGACAGACCCCCCUAAACCAAGCUUGGUGCCCCCUUCCCAGGAUCUCCAGGAAGAGGAAUCCCACUCAUCUCCUCUGUAAUGCGGUCACCCAAGACGCAAUUAUUUUUUUCCUUGGUUUGUUUAAUUAAUAAUUAUUUUAAUUUUAUUUUCGUUCUCGUGUUCAUCAGACAAUCAUUUUUCUUCGUAAGCACCUUUUUUUUUUUCUUUUCAACACCUCUGUCACUGCCUGUGUGGGUUACUUAACUGGUUAAUGUGGAAAAAAAAAGAAUAGUUUAUGACUGUAACAGAAUUUUAUUUUUAUUUCAAGAUUUUAUAUGAAUUAUGUAUAUCUCAGUGAUGAGGUCACUUCCCAGUUGUAAUAUAUGUGUCGAAAUGCUUGUAUAUAAUAUUGCGAAUGCUCUUUUUUUAUUCCCUGGUUUGUUUGGCACAACCCCCCUCCCUCCCUUACACACUCACUCACCCUCACUCAUACUCACACUCUCAUUCAUAUUCUCACUCAUACUCUUACUCAUACUCUCACUCAUACUCUCACUCAUACUCUCACUCAUACUCAUACUCACACUCUCACUCAUACUUACACUCUCAUUCAUACUCUCACUCAUACUCACACUUUACCUUAUAUUACGCACAAUUAUACGCAUUCUCUGGUGUACACUCUUCUUUACAUACAUAGAAAUAAAGACUUGUACAAGGGCACCCUCUUUUACACACACACAGUCUCUCUUUCUCUGUCACGCUGUCUGUCACUUUUACUCUGUCACUCUCUAUGGCUGUCUCUCUCUUUUCUAGCUGUCUCCCUUUUCUUUUUUGUUAAUUCCCAUUCUGUGCGUAUUUAAUCUCUUUAAUAUUCCUGCUGUCUCUCUGUUUCCCUCUCUCUGUCUCUUUCUAUCCCAAUUACACUCUAAUUAUAUCCUCUGUCCCUGGUAUGUCUCCCCCUCUCACCUACACUCUCACUCAUACUCACACUUUACCUUUUAUUACGCACAAUUUUACGCAUUCUCUGGCGCACACUCUUCAUUACAUACAUAGAAAUAAAGGCUGGUACAAGGGCACCCUCUUUUACACAAAAAGUCUCUCUCUCUGUCACUCUCUAUGUAUGUCACUUUAACUCUGUCACUCUCUCUCUCUCUCUCUCUCUGUCUGUCUCUCUCUUGCCUAGCUGUCUCCCUUUUCUUUUCUGUUAAUUCCCAUUCUGUGCGUAUUUUAAUCUCUUUAAUAUUCCUUUCUCUCUGUCUUUACACUCUAAUUAUAUCCUCUGUUCCUUGUAUGUCUCCCCCUCUCACUCACACUCAUCCCUCUAUUUGCCCCUUACUGUGUUCCUGCCUAAAUUCCCUGGUCAGGUUCUGGCCUGGCUGGGUUUUCAGGAAGGGGUUUCACCCAUAGAAAGAGCUUCUGAGCCCCACUCAUGUCAUUCUUAUGCAAAGAGAUAAUAAUCCUCAGUAAAACCAGAUCCUCUAAUAAUAAGUAUUUCCUAUCAGCCUGGGGACACAAUGAUCCACUUUAGAGCGCUUAACAUUUGUCUGUUUACUUGUUUAUCUAUAUGUACAGUACAAACUUUCUAAAUCAAAUACAGUAUUCAGUUUUUUCUUAUCUA